AACAGCGUCUGCGCUUCAGUGUGGGCGUUCACAUCCAGACCAGAGAGGGCGUGAAUCCAUCCUCCCAAAUCUCGCUUGAUUCGAGGACAGCAGCUUUUGUGCUUCUGCUAGAAAGUAAUAGUAAGAACGUCUUUGUGUGCUUUUGGUAUUUCCACCGUUCUGCGUUAUUUUUCCAACCAGUAUAACAUUCAGACAUGAUGUGGAUUAUGGUUUUGAUGGGACUGCUGGCGCUGGAAACCUGCGCAUCUGUGCAGCUGCCGAAUAACGAAACGAAAAAUUUAGUUCGGACAUUCUCGGGUUUCUUCAUCACCGUCACCGACGAGACGAUUGAUUAUCUGGACGUACAAGAGUACAGCGGCUCCGGAUUAGACCCCGCAUCCCCACCCCGGAAAGAUCAUCACCCUGUGGUCAAAAAGCGCUACUACAUCUCCCGGGAGGCCUCCGAAUUUCUAACAGGCCGUGUAGUGACAGCUGUCAUUCCAACGAUAUACACUCUUGUGUUCAUUAUAAGCGUCCCUCUGAACCUCCUUGCGCUUGUUAUGUUCGUGCGCAAAGUGAGGCCGAAGAAACCGGCGGUGAUUUACAUGAUAAAUCUCGCGUGCGCGGACCUGCUGUUCGUGCUCGUCCUGCCGUUUAGGAUAUCGUACCAUUACAACGGAAACGACUGGACAUACGGUGCUGGGAUGUGUCGUUUUGUCACGGCUGCUUUUUAUUGCAACAUGUAUUGUUCUGUGCUUCUGAUCAUGUGCAUUAGUGUGGACCGCUUUAUGGCUGUCGUUUAUCCCAUCGACUCGCUCACGUGGCGCAGUCCCCAAACCGCCUCUGUCGUGUGCGGCGCCAUGUGGCUUUUAUCUAUAGGCGGCGUGACCCCUUUGCUGGUCUCCGAUCAGACCAUCGCCAUCCCUGACCUGGGCAUAACCACCUGCCACGACGUCCUCGACCACCAUCACCUUCGCGAGUACUACCUGUACUUCUUCCCCAUCAUUUCGUCUCUUUUCUUCUUCGUCCCGCUCAUCUUCAGCACCGUCUGCUACGUGCGCAUUAUCCAAGCCUUGUGCGCCGCCAACGUAGAAAACCGCGCGAGGAAAACGCGCGCCGUCUUCAUGGCAGUCGCCGUGUUUUCUGUGUUUGUGAUAUGCUUCACACCCACUAAUAUCAUCCUGUUGUCACAUUAUGUGCGCUUUGCUCACAAGCACAGCGACGAGUCUUACGCCGCGUAUCUGGUUUCCAUGUGCAUCGGGAGCGUCAGCUGCUGUUUAGACCCACUGAUCUACUAUUUUGGGUCGUCGCAAUGCCAAAGGCAAGUUUUGGCAUUGCUCAGGUGUCAGGGGCUACAACACAUCGAGAGGAGCGCGCAGUUCACCAGCAGCACCAGGUCAAGCAAGUUGGAGACGUUUAAAAGCAGCGUGAGUAACCAGUAUCGGAAACUAAUGGGAUGAGACUUUCAUUCACAGGUGGUCUAGCUAAUAAAAAAUGUAUCUCUUGCAUUUCCUUGUUUGUACCCAAGUUGCUUUGUUUCUUUUUUCUUUUAAAUCAUGUAUAUACCACUUUGUUUUUGUAUGCGUAAAGUGUGAAAAGCUAUUGUGUUCUUGACACUAUUAACACAUAUGUUGCCUACUUGUCAGAUUCUUAACGGUUGUACUGUAAAAAUAAUAAUCAAAUUGUAUAUUUUGAAUACUGUAUAUUUCUGUAUAGUUUUCUCUUGAUAUUUAGCUAAAAAAUACUAAAAUCAUGUAAUUGAUUGAUGCCACAAUUUACAUCAAUGCAAAGCAAGCAUGUUUUGUUGGGCGCACUGGUGUACUGGUUUGUCUGCUGCACAUUUGUAAACAGAGACACCUAAAGCCGCAGAUUAAAAAAAAGUUUUUUAACUGUUUUUACUGUUUAUAGAUAUGUGUUUAGGAAAAAUAUUUUUGUUUCAUUCUGUGAAUUUAUAACUUCUUAAAAUAAAAAUUUCAUUUCCUUAAAUGAA